GCCGGUUCGUGGGCCGUGGCUAGAUGAGACCUGAACCGUUCAUUUUUCUCUUCGCCUCCCCCAAACUGACACACGCACUCUCAUUUCAGAUUUCUCACUCCUCUCUUCACAUCUGCCAACAAUCUGCUACAUUCCUCUGUAAUUUUAACCUAUCAAGAUGAGAUUUGCUAAGGCCAGCAGAUUCAUAGCCAAAUUCGCUCGCCCCAGUGCUGUGAACGAGCAUUCGCUUGCUACCUCGGAUAUCAAGUAUAAUACUCAGAAUGUUCAAUCAAUUCUCCCAAAGCAUGCCCAAGGUGCACAUUCUAAUGGCUCCAAGUUUUUCAGCACGCUUGCACUUUUAGGUGCAGGAGCUUCUGGGCUUUUGAGUUGUGCUACCUUUGCUUAUGCUUCUGAUGAGGCAGAGCAUGGCCUUGAUAGUCCUAGCUAUCCAUGGCCUCACAAAGGCAUUCUCAGUUCAUUCGACCAUGCUUCUAUUCGCCGGGGUCACCAGGUUUAUCAGCAAGUUUGCGCAUCAUGCCACUCUAUGUCACUUAUUUCUUACCGUGACCUUGUGGGUGUGGCUUACACUGAGGAAGAAACUAAAGCUAUGGCAGCCGAGAUUGAAGUUGUUGACGGUCCCAAUGAUGAGGGUGAGAUGUUUACUCGGCCCGGAAAGCUGAGUGAUCGUUUUCCUCAGCCUUAUGCAAAUGAGCAAGCUGCGAGAUUCGCAAAUGGUGGAGCCUAUCCCCCUGAUUUAAGUCUCAUCACCAAGGCUCGCCAUAAUGGUCAGAACUACGUGUUUGCUCUUUUAACCGGCUACCGUGAUCCUCCUGCUGGUGUACAGAUUCGAGAAGGGCUGCACUAUAACCCAUACUUUCCUGGUGGAGCUAUUGCCAUGCCUAAAAUGCUCAAUGAUGGUGCUGUUGAGUAUGAAGACGGGACCCCUGCAACUGAAGCACAGAUGGGAAAGGAUGUUGUGUCCUUUUUGUCAUGGGCAGCUGAACCAGAAAUGGAGGAACGGAAGCUGAUGGGUUUCAAGUGGAUAUUUGUACUGUCGCUGGCAUUGCUCCAAGCUGGGUAUUACCGGCGUUUGAGAUGGUCGGUGCUCAAGUCCAGGAAGUUGGUCCUUGAUGUUGUCAACUGAAAACCUUCUUCUAGUCUACUGGAUUUUUGGGUUUGAUGACGAAUGAUCAUAGAUAGGCAUUUUGGGUCAUGGGCAUUACACAUUUUACGGUCCACUGCAGAUUUUGCAACCAACGGGUUCUAAAAUUAUCUUUUGGGAGAAUAAAGUUAUCGUGCAUGAUACCUAUUUUGAUGCUGUUUAAUUGUGGAAGAAUUUAGCUCUGCUCUGAGGUUUGUGCUGUAACAUAACUCCAUCGUGUAAAGUAUAACUGAGAUUUGUGUAACCUCAAAUUUUCAUUUAUUCAGAUGUUCAUGAAUGAUUUAUGUUAAAAACAAUAAUA